GUUUUUGAGAAUGAAUGUAUACAUUCUAAUUUAUUUUAAAUCCUGUUUGUAAUAAUUUAAAUUCAUGUAAUGUAAUUUGCUGUUGUAUAUGAACAUGUUUCAGCACCCAUCUAAGGUAAGGUUAUUGUAGAAAUUUAUUCAAGGAGGGUAUUGACCAUGGUAAAAGGUGAAUGUCAUAAACAUUUGGCUGGGAUAGGUUAUGUUAGCGUCAAUUUAAAGUCAUGUAAUGUGAUUUUGCUGUUGUACCUGUAUGUUCAUGUUUUAGCAGGUUUCUAUAAUGUAAGGCUAUGACCAUUUGUAUACUUAAUUAUUGAAGUAGUGGUAAAAAUCUGUGUAUAAAAGACAGAGGGUAUUCUCUAAUAUUCACCAGUCUUCAAGAUUUCAUCCCAGGACAAGAAGCUCAGUUCAACAGAAAUACUACCAAAAUAAAAUGUCGUACCGUACAAUUGCUUCAACUGAUUCAGAGAAUGAACAUUUUAGCGAAUCAAUUGAUAUAAGACCGUCUUUUUCAAAAACAAAACCUGGAUCAAAACGUUCUGCAGAAAAAACAAGUGUUAAAAAACCUAUGAAAAAGAAGCAGAAUAAAAUGAAUGCAUCAUACAGAGAUAAUAUCAGCGAACGCUUGAGAUCAGAAGAUUUUGAUGUUGAAGUAUUUAAUUCGCUAACAUUCAGACAAGGAGAUGGCGUUGUGACAAUAAAGACGCCUUUUGAAGAAAAAGGAAAGGAUCUUUGGGUGCUAAGUCAUUAUAAGGUUACUAACAUCGAGAAUGUACCAGUAAAGGACAGAUGGAAGUUCAGUGAAGCUACUGUUAGAUUGUAUACGACCGACGAAUCAAAAGAUCAAACACUUCAUACUGGUCUUAAUGAGACAAUGCAAAUUAUAUUUGAUAAAUUACUAACCGAUCCAAAGCGUCAAACUAUUAAAAGCAAGACGGUUGUUUGAUUAUUAUACGGAAAAAUGAGUUUCAUUUAAUAAAACAAAAUAUUAUUAUACA